CAUCCCUUGCUCUGCUGCAUAGCGCAUCUCAAACUGCAUUGCAUGCGAUGUUUGUAUAAACUUGGCUCUCACAGCAUCCACAAUAUGUUCAGGCAUACCCGCCUGCAUGCUCACACGAAGGGUAUGUUUGGAGCCAUGCUCCAGGACUCUUGGACCCGACUGUGCUAUCUUGAGAGUGACUUCUUGAGUGUUGUUAGCUACUUGGAUGCAGUCAGGUCCUACGUUGCAUAUGAAGAACUCUCUGUCCUCAGCCACCAUGGAAGGUUCAUGCCACUGGGCUCGUUGCAGUGGACGACUGGGGUCCUUGCACUUGUGGCUCCCGAGAAUUCGCAUGAGUCUGUUCUUGCUAUAGACCCCCAUGUCGAUGUGCUCAAGCAAAUGACAGUUCCCACUCUGCUGGCCUUGUGCACGCCUAGUGUCCUGGAACUCGAGCAUGAAUGCUUUCAUGUGCCUAUGAUUGUUCUCGAACACAUAUGCUGGGAUAACGAUAUGCUGGGAUAACGAUAUGCAGUGACACCUUUUUACUGUUAGAUGCACUCAGCACACGACACUGUUCCUGAGCCACCACAUAAUUGGGCGCAUGUUGGUUGCGCGCAAUGAGGAACGCUGCAAAAAUCUGCUGCUCCAGUGUAACAAUUGUGCUUGAGCUAGAGUCUGAGACUUCAUCGAGAGUCCAGUCGAUGUCGUAGUACUCGUUGCACGCCUGGCCUUCAUGAAUUUGUUCAAAGAAGUAACGCUCAGCUUCCUGGACACCAGCGUAU